GCAGCUGGAGAGCAAUGCAGGUAUACAUGUAUUAUUGCAGUUGUAGUCUCUGAGGCCGGUGGACACAGAGUCCUGAUCCUCCCCAUCUUUCAGACCUCAGCAGCCCCUGACCUCUAAGCUGCACAAUCCAGAGACUGGCACUCAAGGGUAUUCAACAAAUGUCUGUGCCUAACAGGAACAACUUGCUGGGGCACCUCGGAGUCAAUCUUGCAUCCCUCCCCCCUUUUUUUCCUUCCCACUCGACCUUUAGGGCUCUGGUUUCCUGCAAGUAGUGAAUUAUUCACAUCUGUUCAUAAAUACCAAAUUGGCCCUUCCCAGGUUGCUAGCAGGGUGGGGCGGGGAGGUGGUUUUGUUCAGCCUCUAUAAACCUCCUUGUUCCGAGGGCUUUUACAGGUGAGUGCCUAUUUUUGCUAAGUCAUCCUGGGGAUAAUCAAAGCCCCAUUGUUAGAUCCAUUCUGUCCUUCCUGGCUCCUCCUUCCUCCCCACCCUGCUUUGACAGGCUUCUAAGUGGGCUGAGCAGCCCUGCAGGGCUCACUCUGAGCUUGGCCAUGGCUUACAUCGCCAAGUCCUUCUACGACCUCAGUGCCACCUGCCUGGAUGGCGAGAAGAUAGAUUUCAAUACGUUUCGAGGCAGGGCAGUACUGAUUGAGAAUGUGGCUUCCCUCUGAGGCACGACCACCCGGGACUUCACCCAGCUCAAUGAGCUACAAUGCCGUUUUCCCAGGCGCCUAGUGGUUCUUGGCUUCCCUUGCAACCAAUUUGGACAUCAGGAGAACUGUCAGAAUGAAGAGAUCCUGAACAGCCUCCAGUACGUCCGCCCUGGGGGUGGAUUUCAGCCCACCUUUACCCUUGCCCAAAAGUGUGAGGUGAAUGGGCAGAACGAGCACCCUGUCUUCGCCUACCUGAAGGACAAGCUCCCCUACCCUUACGACGACCCGCUUUCCCUCAUGACCGAUCCCAAGUUCAUCAUUUGGAGCCCAGUGCGCCGCUCAGAUGUGGCCUGGAACUUCGAGAAGUUCCUCAUAGGGCCAGAGGGGGAGCCCUUCCGACGCUACAGCCGCACCUUCCCCACCAUCAACAUUGAGCCCGACAUCAAGCGCCUCCUCAAAGUGGCCAUAUAGAUGCGAGCGCUCAGCACACUCACCUCCUGUCCACCCGGUCCCUGUCGGCUCCCCAGGAUUUAGCGAGCCCUCUGCAGACGCCGCUGGACCUACGCGUGCCCUUCCCAUCAGUCUCCUCACGGAAGAGCCUUGCCUUUCCCUGCCUGUUCCUUUUCCUCUCCCACACCUCCAGCUGCUGAUUCAGUCUGGGGCUCCAAGCCUUGGGUGGGCUCUGGGCCUUCACAGAAUGAUGGCACCAUCCUAAACCCUCUGGGUGGUGUCUGAGAAGAGCGAAAGGCCUGGAGCCACCCUGCUCCAUGAGUCCAAUAAAAGGCAGGUGUGGAAA